AUGACAGCCACGAACCUCACACUCCCCUCGCAUGGCUACCGCACAUAUCAGGCUCACGGUGGACCCGCAACCCCACCGGCAAUCCGGCCAGCCUGCAACAAACUUACCGGCUGUAUUCCGCUCAGGCCGCCGCUUAACGGCUUCAUAUCUGGGCCGCGGGACACGGCG